UACCCGCCCGCUGACAGCCGUCCGGCCAGCCAGCUAUGUCCUACCCUCAGGGCUACCUCUACCAGCCCCCGGGCUCGCUGGCGCUCUACUCCUGCCCGGCUUACGGGGCGUCGGCGCUGGCGGCGCCCAGGAGCGAAGAGCUGGCCAGAUCAUCUUCGGGCUCGGCGUUCAGCCCUUAUCCCGGAUCCGCGGCGUUCACGGCCCAAGCGGCAGCCACCGGCUUCAGCAGCCCGCUUCAAUACUCCACCGACCCGGCCACGGGAUUCCCCUCCUACAUGGGCUCUCCUUACGACGCCCACACGACGGGCAUGAGCGGGGCCAUCAGCUACCAUCCCUACGGCAGCCCAGCCUACCCCUAUCAGCUAAAUGACCCGGCCUACCGGAAGAACGCCACGCGAGACGCCACGGCCACGCUGAAGGCCUGGCUGCAGGAGCACCGCAAGAACCCGUACCCGACUAAAGGCGAGAAGAUCAUGCUGGCCAUCAUCACUAAGAUGACCCUCACGCAGGUCUCCACCUGGUUCGCCAACGCCCGCAGGAGGCUCAAGAAGGAGAACAAGAUGACUUGGGCGCCCCGCAACAAGAGCGAGGAUGAGGACGAGGACUUGGAAGGGGAGAGCGGCGGGAUCCGGAGCAAGGAGGAGACCGGCUCGGACAAAGGACGGGACAGCAACGAAACGUCGGCGGAGGAUGAAGGGAUUAGCUUGCAGGUGGAUUCCCUCACCGACCAUUCCUGCUCGGCCGAAUCGGACGGGGAGAAAGGCCCGUGCAGGGCGGGAGACCCGCUCUGCGAGUCAGGCUCGGAGUGUAAGGACAAGUACGAGGAGCUCGAGGAAGACGACGAGGAAGAGGACGUGGACGACGAUGAGGACGAGGAAGAGGACGAGGCGGGCAGGGGCCUCCCCCCCAAGCCCGUCACCUCCUCCCCUCUCACUGGGGUAGAAGCCCCGCUCCUGGGCCACCCGCACGGCCAGGAUUCUGCCAGAAACGCCGCCAAAGCUGCUCUGGACGCCCGGAUCUCACCUUCGGUGGCCUCCCAGACCACGCAAGCCAGCAAGCCCAAGCUCUGGUCUCUGGCGGAAAUCGCCACCUCGGACCUUAAGCAUCAUCCGCACCCGCAUCCCCACAGCCUGGGCCAGAGCUGCCCGCCCUCGGGCCCACCGCCUUCCACCCCACACAACGCUGCCUACUCGCCUUCUUCGCUCUUGGGGAGGCAUAUUUAUUACACGUCGCCUUUUUAUAGCAAUUACACAAACUACGGGAACUUCAACGCCCUCCAGGGACAGGGCAUCUUGAGGUACAACUCGGCCGCCGUGGCCUCCAACGAGGGACUCAACCAAGCGGUCUUAACUGGCGGCGGCGGCGGCGGCGCGGCUCUGAAGGCGGCCUCGGAAAACUCGCUGAAAAGCAUCACAGGCCACCUCGAACAGCAUUACAAGCCUCCCAGUUCCGAGCCCAAGAAAGACCCCACUGAAAUGUGCACAGUAGGAGUUCAACCGUACCUAUAG